CACUCGCACACUCACAGUCACAGACUCACAGCAACAGCAGAUCAAAGGAUCUGCAAUUACCGAAUUGAUUAAAAAAAAAGAAGAAGAAGAGGAUCUGCAAUUGCCGCUGCAAAGGUUGAGCUGUGCCUUAAAACGACACCCCGUAGCGUAGAAGAGGAAGGGACUAAAAGAAAGGUUUGUUGAACAGGUUUUGAUGGCUUCUGUGUUACAGAUCCAAGGGGACGAGUCGGUGCUCUUGCGCGUAACCCAUUCCAACCUCAAGAGCUUCUCCGCCGAGCUACGCUUCUCGCUCCAGACGACAGUGGAAUCCGCGAAAGAAAAGCUCUGGAGAAAAUGUGGGACUUCUGUGAAUUCAAUGUGCCUCGAGCUCUACGACGAUACCAACACCAAGGUUUCGGUUUUGACCGACGAUUCGAGGCCGCUCGGUUUCUAUUCUCCGCUUGAUGGGUACCGGUUACAUGUUAUAGAUCUUGACCCUUCAUCGGUAACCUCUGGUGGUUGGCUGGAAGACAUUUCCUUGGUGGAGAAAUACUCAAUUUCCGAAGAAGCGUACGAGAAACGUGGUGGCACUUUUAGAAAAUUUAAGGAAAAAUUGGCCUCUCAAAAUUCAUCAGCUCUUGGGAACAAGAUACCCGACAACUACAUGGAAGAUCUUUGUGCCAAUAUCAAGGUAGGAGAUAGAUGUGAAGUUGAACCGGGGGCAAAAAGAGGUGUUGUAAAAUUCCUUGGUCAGGCAGAACCUCUGGCACCUGGUUUCUGGGUUGGAGUUCAAUAUGAUGAACCGUUGGGAAAACAUGAUGGCAUGGUGAAAGGAGUACGUUACUUUAAUUGCCCUCCUCUUCAUGGUGCAAUCGUUAGGCCAGACAAAGUAAAGGUUGGUGACUAUCCCGAACAAGAUCCCUUUGAGGUGGACGAAAUAUAAGCAGGCCAUGAAGCAACUCCUGGGCUUCCAGCUUCUGCAAAAUGUUUAUAACCUUCCGGAUGAAUUGAGACAGAAUUUUCUUUAUUUUCAUUUGUUACAGUUCUGAUACUUUUGGGUGAGGGAAUUGAUGUGAACUUUUUGUAGUGUUAAAGGUAUAAGGAAGAAAUGUAACUCUGGGUAAAGCGUGCUAUCAGUAGUAUGUUGUAUUUUGUGUUCAAUAGUUAAAUGUUGACCUGAUAACAGGAGCUAGGAGAAAACAGGGAAUGAGAUUAUUGAGAUUAUUUUAUGAUUAAGAUCAAAUUUCACAUAA